AUACUUGUUACAGGAAAGCAUGAAUGAUUACUAUGUAAAUUUUCUUGCUAUGACUCGUAAGACGGUUAUUUUAAACGUUUAAAAUACACCAAUACUUGCCCUCCAUGUACAACUCUAAUCUGGUAAACCACAUUAGGUCCAUCUACAGUGUUCAUUCAAUUUAAAUAUUAAUCCAAAUUUAGCGUGAAUAAUACCUGACAGAGUAGGUGCUCAAUAUUUGCCAAACAAGAGGCACAUUCAGAAAUUAGUUACUACAGCCCAAAUAAACCCCGCUCAGGCGCACGAACUGGACACCUCCAGCUCACAUUCACCAGGAGACUUCCACCACUUCUCUGAAGUUCUGGCCCCAACUCUCCUAACAGCGAAAUUAGAAUCUUCCCUCUGCUUCUCGAAGUCUUCCUCUUAAGUGCGCUACGUCCCAACUGUCACCAAGGUGCUAGGACUGCCCCACAGUCGGUGGGGGGUGGCCGGUGGGCGGGCCCAGCGAUAGGCAGUGUGGCUGUUUCCUAUUGGGGCUUGGUUGCUAUGGUAUCACCGACCUUAAACCUCGCGGGCGCUACUUCCGGAAGUUAAAAGAAAAUUACUUCCUGAGCUGCCCGUACUUGCUAUGGCCGACUGAGCAGGCACUGAGCUUAAUAAAAAACUUUUCCUGGAAACUCCUGGAAAAAUCUGAUUUAACCACGUUAACUUGUGGGCAUGACGUAGUAUCAUAUCCCUUCUUCACUUUAUAAAGGUUUACUAAUACAUUUCCCCCGCCCCCAUCUAUUUGCCAGUCUCCAAAAUGGCGCCGGCGACUUUGAGAAGGUCAGAGGUGAGUUCCGUGGGCCCUCCCGGUUCCGGCGCGAUCGAGGCCCAGGGCGGCGAAGUCUCCGGCACCAUGUCUGGCUCCUCAGGCCCACAAGCUCGGCGUGGCCCUUGCCCGUUCGCGUUGCUGCUGUUACUCCUGCUCGGUCCCAGCUCGGUCCUCACCAUCUCCUUCCACCUGCCCGUUAACUCCCGCAAGUGCCUCCGCGAGGAGAUCCACAAGGACCUGCUGGUGACGGGCGCGUACGAGAUCACCGACCAGUCUGGGGGCGCCGGCGGCCUGCGCACCCAUCUCAAGAUCACAGAUUCUGCUGGCCAUAUUCUGUACUCCAAGGAGGAUGCAACCAAGGGGAAAUUUGCCUUUACCACUGAAGAUUAUGACAUGUUUGAAGUGUGUUUUGAGAGCAAGGGAACAGGGCGGAUACCUGACCAACUCGUGAUCCUAGACAUGAAGCAUGGAGUGGAAGCAAAAAAUUACGAAGAGAUUGCAAAAGUUGAGAAGCUCAAACCUUUGGAGGUGGAGCUGCGACGCCUAGAAGACCUUUCAGAGUCUAUUGUUAAUGAUUUUGCCUACAUGAAGAAGCGAGAAGAAGAGAUGCGCGAUACCAAUGGUGAGAGGAGGGGAGGGCGACUCUUACUUCUCAAGUCCACGAACACUCGGGUCCUGUACUUCAGCAUCUUUUCAAUGUUCUGCCUCAUUGGUCUGGCCACCUGGCAGGUCUUCUACCUGCGUCGCUUCUUCAAGGCUAAGAAGUUGAUUGAGUAAUUAAGCCCAGUCUCCUCCCACCUUGAAUCUUGGCCAGCAGAACAUCGCUGGCAAAAGGCAUCCUACCAACAGCACCGUCAAGGCACCUUGGAGCUUUCUUGCCAGAACUGAUCUCUUUGAUGUGGGAGGACGUGUGUUACCACCUUCACCCAAGAAGUCAAAGAGGGACUUCUUUUUAACCUGGUAGGAUUUGGACUGGUUUUGCAACAAGACUAUUAUUAGAGUCACCUAUGACAAAAAAUAGGGGUUACCUAGAUAAUGCCAAAGCCAGCAUUUGUACUGGGUUUCCUCAUAUGAUCUGUUUGAACCAUGUUUUCUUUCCUUCUCCCACUUGCUCACCAGCUUGGGCUUCCAUUUUACUUGUUUUACCAACAUUUGUAUGACCAUGUUGAACUUGUUUCUCUCUGAUUGUCCUCUUUGGAUUUCUGUGUGACAACACCCUUAACUUUCUCUUGACCCUUAGCCGAAAUGUUUAGUUAGCUUCUGGUGAUACCCUUUCAUAAUUUUAUGUCUCUUGAAAGGGUGAUGGCUGUGACACCUCAUAGAAAUGAGCUUUGAACUGUAGAUAGCUCUUAAAGAAAAUUUCACUUUAGAGAAUUAAAACAUUUGUGCUCAGCUGCUUGAACUUUGCUCUUUUUGUGUAUUUACGUGUGUUUAGUUCCAUGCAGUUUUAUCACAUGUAUGGAUUUGUGUGACCUCCACCACGAGAUGCAGAACCAUUUCAUCACAUGGAUCCCUUGUGGUUCCCUUUUAUAGCUGCAGUCACCUCCUACUGUAACCCCAAGCCCCAGCCUCUGGCAGCCACUAAGCUGUUCUCUAGCUCUCUAAUUUUGUCAUUUCAAGAAUGUUACAUAAAUGGAAUCAUACGGUAUAUACAUAAAACCUGUUGAGAUGGACUUUUUUAACUCAGCAUAAUGCCCUUGAAAUUUAUCCAAGUUGUUGCAUAUGUCAGUAGUUUGUGUCACUUUAUUGCUUAGUAGUCUUUUGUGGCGUGGGUGUACCAUGGUUUCACCAGUCACCUAUUGAAGGACAUCAGUGUUGUUUUCAGUUUUGGGCCAUUACUAAUAAAACUGCUGUGAACAUUCAUGUACAGGUUUUUAUGUGAACACAAAUUUCAUUUCUCUGGGAUAAGUGCCCAAAAGAGCAAUUGCUGGGCUGUAUGGUAAACAGACGUUUAUUUUUGUAAGAAACCGUCCUGCUCUUCAUCCAGAGUUACUGUGUCAUUUUACGUUCCCACUAGCAAUGUCCGACCAGUCCAGUUUCUCAACAUCCUCAGUAUUUGCUAUUAUUUUUUUUUAAAGUUUUUUUAGUCAUUCUGAGAGGCAUGUGGUUUUAAUUUGUAUUUUCCUAUUAGCAAAUGAUGUUGAACAUCUUUUCAUGUGUUCAUUUGCUAUCGGUAUAUCUUCCUCAGUGAAAUACCUAUUCUUUUGCCCAUUUUAUGAUUAGAUUGUGUGUUCUUUUCACUACUGAGGUUUUGUUUUUUUUUUAAUUGAAGUAUAGUUGAUUUAUGCUAUUGAAUUUGAGAAUCCCUUAUAUAUCCUAGAUACAAGUCCUUUGUCAGUUUUGUGGUUGCUUAAAUUUUAACAUAACUUCUACAGAAGAAAAAACAAGUAAAAUUUGCCGAGUAUUCUUACAUGGUAAGUCACUGACUUGAUUUGAUUUGUGUUCUCAUGUGUUCAUGAGGAAAUUAAGAUAUAUGACGUAAACACACCUAGAAGGAUCAUGAAUCGAGUAAAUACUUGAAAAUAUUUGUUGUAAAAGCAAAGCCAAGAAUCGCUUUGGGACACAUGCCUGCCUAAACGGCAAUACUAAUAUGAAUAAGAGAAAGUGUGGGCACAGAUGACCAUGUUCAUUGACAGUGACAUAUAAUAUCACUUGACAUUUUCCCCACUUCUCCCAGUAAAGUGGGUGGGAGUUUGUCCUUUCUGUAAUCUCUUUUUUUGUUUUUUUUAAGUCUUCUGACUCUUACAGGGCUUGUCCCAUUGCAGUGACAAGAAUUAUAGGAGUUAGGGCUGUGCAGCUUGCAGUUAAGAAGCAGCGUAUUAGAAUUAACAGAACACUGUUGUGAUGACCUGGAUAAAGUACCAAGGGGGAAGGGGGGCAAAUUAUGUUGCUAAAAUCUCAGCCUGUUCUGUUAAUGUUCCAGCUACUGUAAACACAAAAGGCUUUUCACCGUCUUUUGACUCCCCGUAUGAAUUCUUCUUGGACUUCCCAGAUGGUGGUAUAGAAUACACCUACUAAUGCAGGAGACAUGGGUUCUGUCCCUGGGUCAGGGAGAUCCCUUGGAGAAGGAAAUGGCAACCCACUCCAGUGUUCUUGCCUAGGAAAUCCCAUGGAUAAAGUCUGAGCCUGGUGGGUGACAGUCCAUGGAGUCCCUAAGAGUUGGACAUGACUUAGCAACUGAGCACACACUCAAAUUCCUCCUAUGUGGCAUGAAAGUGGUUCUUCCAUCAGUUUGUGUAACGCUGCCAUCUGCUGUUGAAAAAUAGGUACUGCUUCUGAGAUCCUGACAGCCAAAUCUCAUCAUAAGGGCAACAGUGUUUAGUUUCAGUGAAAGUCGCUCAGCUGUGUCCACUGUUUGCGACCCCAUGGACUCUACAGUCCAUGGAAUUCUCCAGGGGUUCUUCCCAACCCAGGGAUCGAACCCAGGUCUCCUGCACUGCAGGCGGAUUCUUUACCAUCUGAUCUGAGCCAUCAGAGACACCCCAUAAGAGCAACAGAUGUUGAGAGAGUCUGUGGUAUUACAUAUACUAAACAACAGAGGCUAUUACAUAUUACAGAUACUAAACAACAUCCAGACAGGGCGAGAAUAACCCAACUUGUGAGUUAAGCUCCAUCUUCAGACAUUUAAAGGUGAAAUUCUGUUUCAAACCAUUAGCCAAACAAGAUCCUCUUUUCCAUUUCUAACUGGUGCCUUCCCCCUUUUUAGAAGCAAUGAAAGCUGCUCCGUUGGUUAUAGUCUUCUGACAGAGUGUCAAAGAAGAAGAUAGGAGAGGAAAAUAUUUUAUUUUGCUAAUGUUUUGUUCCCAAACGUGACUGUGAAAUUGAAAUUCUUUCACAUCCUUUCCUUUACUCAUGUCAAGACUGCCAAGUUGGACAUUUGUGUUUUGGGUUUAAAGUUCAUUGAUAUUACACUUUGAUUUUAUCUGAAAAAUAAAAUUAUUUGCUUUUGAUAAAAGACUAGUGCAAGAGCAAAUCAGCUUUAAAAACAAGGAUGUUGUCUGUUUUCCUCUAUUUUGGGCUCUGUUGUUCAACACAGUCUUAAAUUACUGAUCAGAGUGAUAGUUUUAAGUAAGCUUUGUUAUAUCAUUGUCAUAAGCCCCUGUCAUAAGCUGUUUUUGUGUUUUUUAGUGGAAAGAGGCAUGUGGGAUUUAUACAGAUUCACUUGUAAGUGUUGGAUUGGGAUUUUUGUGUAAAUUUUCUCAAAUAAAGGCUAGCAGAAACCA